UUUCAGACGCUGUGCGGACCACUCAUUUGCCGAUAUCCUUACAUGUAACAGUGUUGUAAUAUUGUUGUUUGCCUGCUACAGCGCAACGACAACAAUAUAAUAUUAUUGGUACAGGUGGCGUAUCGUACACAGCACCGUUGUCGAAAAUAUUGUGACAGUUUAUUAUAUAAUACCUAUAUCGUCUGUGCUGCAGCUGCGGCAUGCAGUACUCGCAGCGACGGUGGUGCACCGCCACGGUCUCGGUGCUAGUGCUGUCCGCACUGGUGCUGUUGGCGCACGGCGCCACGAUCAAGUUCGACCAGAGCCAGACGGGCGACUACAAUCUGCAGAUACAUCUGAAGAACAUCGAAUUGUACGCUGUUUUUGACGACUCAGGCGGUAACGACGACGAAUAUGAAGACUUACCUGACUACACGGACACACUUGAAGGUCCGACCAAACCACCGCAGAACGCAUCCACUACUUAUGCUCCCACAUCGAGCACUGCGGCAACUGCAGCGGCGGUCGUAAGUACGAGUUCACCUGCACUGGCGUUGUUGGACCCUUAUUCGCAGUCCAAUAGUGAUAAGAUUGUUCAGAUGGUCGAGGCGUUGAUUGCUAGCAAUGGAAACACUUCUGACUUACCUACCGAACAGCCGCUAUUGUCACCAAACGUCGUCACGACAUCGUCGUCGCCACCGGCGUCCGGUCAGUCUCUACCAGCCGUCGCUACAGCUUCCGCUGCUGCGUCUGCGACCGCGACUGUGACAAACAGCACGGUAAACCGAAAGUGUGGACCCGGAUAUUUCAGGGACCCGAUGGGCCGGUGUCGGCGCAUCCGAAAACCACAUUUACCAUUUUUACAAAUGGUUCAUACUCCAGGAGUGAUAAAGUCAUUCCAACCACAGCAAAGGACCACCGAAGAUGUCAGUGUGAUGAAAAAUUAAUAAAAAAACAUACAGACUAAAUUAAUUUAGUUUCAAUUCGCUGAUAGGCUGCUAUAAACGAAUUAUGUCUUAAUAUUUAUUGUUUAUUUUUAAUCAUACCUACUUAUACCUAAGAGUUUAUAUAUAUUAUUAUAUUUAAUGGCAUGUAAUAUAUAGAAUUUA